AUGCAGAGAUUCAUGGUGGUUGAGGACUUCACGGCUUUGUUGGACUCUAGGCAAGAUCCGUCGCAGCGAACAAAAGGUCUCAUUACGGUCUCAAAUCACAUUAGUGUUAUGGACGACCCGUUAAUAUGGGGACUGCUCCCCACGAGAUUCUGGAACAAGCGAUGGUCCUUUGGCAGUCAUGAUAUCUGCUUCCAGGGAAGGUCCUCCCUACCCAUCGCCUUGCGCAUUCGCCUUUCGGUGGUGGGUCAACCCGCCAUCACCAGGCGAUCCGAAUGCUUUUCCAAGGGUCCCUUCCCUGUGGAUCACCACCGCGGAAAGCCCGAGCGACAGCAAUUUAGCCUGGAAAACUUUUGCGUCGAUCCCUUCCCCGAUCUUCCUAUCGCAUACACCACCAAUGGGGAAGAUUCCCAUAUGGCUCCCUCCGCUUAUGCCUGCAACUCCUACUCCUGGGUUCACAUCUUUCCCGAGGGCAAAAUCCACCAGUCCCCGCGCCAAACGAUGCGCUACUUCAAAUGGGGCAUUGCGCGUCUCAUUCUCGAGGCCAACGAAUGUCCCGAUGUAGUGCCCAUGUGGAUUGAAGGGUUUGACCAAAUCAUGCACGAGAGUCGCGAGUUCCCGCGAUUCCUCCCUCGCAUUGGAAAGAAAGUCAGCAUUACCUUUGGCUCCAAGGUGGAUGCCGAGAAGGAAUUCGGCGAGCUGCGGUCCCGCUGGCAAAAGCUCAAGGCCAAAGUUGAGAAAGCCGAUGCUCAAUCUCGAGAUCUGCCACUUGGCGAAGUCACUCGGAAGAUCAGGAACCUUGUGCUUGAUGUCCGACGAUCGCGAGGUCUCCCUGAUGAAGACCCCAAGGAGGGUCUUGUUGAAACCUGGCUGCAGGAAGGCCCGUCUCCAGAGGGACAUAUGAAGGAUGAUUCUUGGGUUCGAGAUAUUUGA